CCCAGGCUGCCAGCUGCAAGCCGAGCCUGGCGACUCGGCGGCGAGCAUCCAGCGCGGGAGGCGGCAACAGCAUGACUGCCCCCCAGCCAGCCAUGCCCGAGCUAAGCCCAGCGGAGGAGGCCGGAGGCCCAGCGGGAAAGGCUGCGGCAGGUGCCCAGGAGAAGGGCCCCGAGCUGGGCCCGCGGCUGCCCUCAAUUGUGGUGGAGUCCAGCGAGGCGGGUUCUGUGGAGAGUGGGGAGCUGCGCUGGCCGCCAGAGGGCGCCCUGAGGGGGUCAGCCCAGACCCAGGGCGGGGCUGCCUCCUCACUGAGGGAAGCACCCGGGAAGGCCCCGGAAGAUGCCAGCAGCAAGCACACCAGCUGCAAGGACCAGGCCCCCCUGGGCCCCCAGUAAGGGGGCAGGACAUGGCCUGAUUCUGCUGUGCAGGGCUUGGGGGGUGGAGGCACCCCGCAAACCCUGCUGGCUGACACCUGGGAGGGCCUCGGCCCCAGAGUGGCUGGGCUGAUGCUUGGAGAGGGGACAGCACAGCCACCACCUCCUGCCUCCUGGGGCCUGGCCAGGACCACCGCCUGCCCUCUCCCGUCUGCAGCCCGGGAUCUGGGUCACACCCUCCUUGUCCUGAGGUUUGAAGCAGAAA